CUCUCGUUCGUUCGCCCCUUUGCAACCACGGGUUCUCGUCCUUCGGACUCGCCCAGGGUUGUAAUUAAUAUAGACCGUGCUUCCAGGGAUCUGGCAUACUUCUUCUAUCACCUUCCGGUUGAGAGGGUUGCCUGGGCGUUUCCCUACGCCCCACCUGGUUUGUACACUCAAUUAUCCAAGGAUCUAUGCCAUCCGCGUUGGCCCAUGGAUUCUUAACGAGCUGAGGGGCACCGAAGCGGUCGAGCAUGGCAGAACAUCCUGGGUGGUAUGUGGUGCUGAUAGCCAACAACAGCAAGGAUCUCGUCAAUGCUGAACACGAUGCUAAGCUGGUUGCUGAGGCGGUGCUGCGCUGUCAGCUUUGCACAAGUGAGGAUCGGAUCAAGAGGCUUUUCGGACAGACUGCGUCCGAGGUAAAAGAAUUCUUGGAAGACUUGGUAGACCAGCUGGCCAAGAACGAUCAGGUCUUUCUGUGGUACUCAGGCCAUGGUUACGAACACGAGGGUCAGACUCUGGUAGUUGGAGCGACUGAGCAGCACGAAGAUGACGACUCACAGGAGAUUACGGAUUACCUCUGGCUGGAAGAUGUCUUAUUUCAUCUCGUGGAGCAAAGUCAAAAAGGCUUGACUCUUUGUUGCGUUGUUGCAUCGUGCCGGACGAAGGGCAUACCGCAGCAGAGCUUAACGCAUGGGGUGCAGAUCAUACCAGCUACAAAUCGUAGACCUUCGGAAGAAAACUGCUAUGCGUUCGUGUAUGCAUGUGCUGCUGGCAAGACCAUGUUGGACACUUCCAUUUUUGCCAUGGCCUUUUGUUACAACCUUGAAUGUCAACCCAAGAAUCUCGCAGGGCUUGCAGCUUCCUUGAAAGAGGAGUGCAAGUAUGUAACCUUUGGGAACCUUCUUUCACCAGCACUCGAGCCCUUUGGCCGCACCGAUGAAAUCUUCCUCCACACCUUGCAAACUGCAACACCACGGAGAUUCCGUCAGAACGCCGUGUGGAUCAAUGCCAUCCAAAGGGCCAGAUUUGUGUCGGAUCACUUGCAAGUUUUGGCAUCUGAAGAGAUCUUCCGUGUAGAGGAUUCAGAGCCCUAUAAGUCCUAUGUGGCUGUCAGGGAUUUGGCUGGACAGAUUAUUGAAAGAUUUUACCAUGAGGCAGCCCGCUUUCAGGAGUUUCGUGCGCAACUUCGUAUCCUCGCUUGCAACAGGUUAGAUGAAGUCCAUGGAGUACUGUCGGUCGCUGCAUCAGCGAGCCAAGGUUAUCCACCAAACGACUGGGAACCUGAGGAAGACCAUCAGGGAAGUGAGGACGCGCGGGUAAUACGGAACUUGCCUGAUGAGGUGGUCACUGUCAUUGGCAAUGUGAUUCGGAAAUGGAAGGAUGAUCUUCCUACUCAGCCAGUGUUCGAUAUGCUGCAGAUGUUGGGCUCUUAUUUCACGGAGAGAAACUUUCAGGAUUUCGAAGGCAGCUUCCGGGACGAGCGUGUGGACGAGUAUUUGCACUACUACUUCCGCAUUCCAAGAGUGUCAGGCGCUACUCAGGAGGACGCAGAGAAGCUACAUGAAUGUCUUGAGGAGAAGUGCGACCACUUGGGUAUCAGCGAGGAGGCCAUGAGAGAGAUUCGUGUGCAUCUUGGGACAGGUAGCUGUUACCUGAUCCUUGUGUCCCCAGUGAAGCUGAAAGCAGAUGGACUAAAGCGUUGCCUUGAAGAUUUCGUGAAGGAACGCAGGUGCUCGUCUUUCGCCUGGGCCUUUGCUCAGAGCGUAGAAGCAGUGCCCGCCUACGCGGGUUUUCAGAAGCUGGUCCACCUGGUCGAAGACUUGCGGUCAGAAAUGCAGAUCCCGAAUGUGGUCCUUUUCAAGGGUUCCUUCUUUCGCUCCCUUGCGAUGGAGAUUUUGAAGAAGAAUGGGGAGGUGUUGGAAGAAUGGCAACUGCGAGUGGUGAAUGACCACAGAGAUCUGCAAGAGGAUGACUGGUGCAAUGCUCAUCAAAAGCUGAGCCUUCAUUUUGUGACCAGCCUGCAUUGGCCGUCGCUGGAGUGGACUGAUGCAGAGCUUCUGGAUCAAUUGAAAAGCCUUGCCAAUGGGAGGUCUAAGAGCCAAGUGCUGCACGCUGCGGCAUUCCUGAUCCACGCGAUGCAAAAAGAUCCAAAGGACUCGAGAGCCAGGGGAGCGAAGGAGGUACUGGAGCAGUUUCUGAAAGAAGAGGGGGAGCUACGACCUGAAGAGCUUUUGCAUAGGCUGCUGAUGAAGGUGUUGGAGGACUUUCCUUGGGGUGUGGCCGAGCAGAUCGCAGAGGCAAAAGAGAGUGAAGCUCUGUGCUACACGUAUACAGCACUGUUUCGCUAUGUGGUGCUCAUCGUCAACGGUGCCGACGACCUGACAAACGUCCUUGAUGGUGCGAGACUCGUAGGUGAGGCGUGUGUGCAUUGUGGCCUUUGUACUCGAGAUCAGGUGGUGGAAAUCUUUGAUGAAACGGAGACUGUGAUCAAAGAGGAACUGGAAAAACUGUUGGCGAAGCUUAAAGAGAAGGACAAGGUUUUUGUCUGGUAUUCUGGCCAUGGCUAUGGUUGUCAGGAUGGCCAGCAUAAGGGCUAUACUCUGCUGAUACCAAAGGCUGAGCAGUUCGGAUCAUACUUAUCGGAUGACGAAGGUGAGGACUUGGGAGACACUGUCAACGGCUUGUGGCUAGAAGAUACGCUCUUCAACCUCUUGAAACACCGGACUAAAUUGACGGUUUGGUGUGUGGUUGCGGCCUGCCGGGAAGCAAAACCUGACAGAGACGUUUGGCAUGAGAAGAAGAGUGGAAGACGCAUUGUCGCGCCCAACAUUCAUGAGCCCUGGCCGUCAACAGGCCUGAAUAGGUAUAUCUUCAUGUAUGCCUGUGCUGUCGGCCAGGCCAUGUUGGAUACUUGCAUUUUUGCAAAGGCAUUUUGCUUCAACCUGGCAUCUGGCCCACCAAGUCUGAUGGAUCUGCAGGACUCCUUGCUGACUGACAGUGAGCUUGUGACCUUCGGAGACCUUCAUGCACCGCCCGUCGUCACAGUUGGUCAAACUCGCGGUCUCCGCCUUCAAACUCAGAAAUUCGUCACUCGCGACGAUCUUGAGUACGACCCUGCCUGGAUUCAUCCCAUGCGAGAGGCUAGACUAGUCUCGAUGCACUUACAUGCACUUGCAAACGAUGAGAUCUUAAAGUCAGACAAUUCAGAUCCCUAUAUGCCCUUUGCCCACCAUAGAGCCAUUGCUGCUGAAAUCAUUAAGCGAUUUCAUGAUCAAGCAACAAAAUAUCAGAGGUUUAAAGCGCAACUCCGCAUCACAGCCUGCAACGACCUAGAUCAGGUCAAAGCAAUGCUGUCUCAGACCUCCUCUGAAAGCCUGGGCUAUGCACAAACAGAGUGGGAACCUCCCGAUGAGAAUGACGGCACUUUGGAUAUGCGGGUGUUGCACAAUUUGCCAGAUGAUGUGGUUGGUGCGCUUGGCGGGGCAAUUCGAAAAUGGAAGGAGGAAGUGGAGGAAGGCAAGGGCCUUCCCUCCCGGCCAAUCUUUGAGAUGCUGCGGAUGCUGGGAACCUACUACACUGAAAGAAGAUUUCCGGACGCACGACUUGAACGAAUGGGCGAAGAAGACGAAGAGGACGAGGUUAAGAAGUGCCUGAAGGACUAUUUCUAUAUACAUUAUAUUCCUGGAG